GUUAUUUUCACACACUAACUAUCGUUGCUAAAGGAUAAAUAAAGGAGCUGUUUGUCUGCCAAAAUAUAACCCAGCCAUCGCAUCCCCUUAUUAUUAGUGUUUCGUAUAUGUAUUAUAGCUUAUUAGAGACGGUUGCAUUGCCCUCACGACUUAUGUCAAAGCAGCUUACAAGGAAAUUACUGCGGCAUUUUCAAAUUAACAGGUUAGCAUCACAUACACACCUUUAUCUUGCUUCAUUGUUGCGACAAUAUAAUAGUUUUCAAGUUCAAAUUCAUAAUGUAAGCCAUUAUCCAGGCAUAAAUAAACAUACCAAUAGGCUUCCGUCUUUGUCUCAAAACACUGGUUGCUCACACUGUAUAAACAUUCUGGAUUUUGAACGACUUCAGCGAGAAUGGAGGCGAAGCUCAAUUUCAUUCUUCCUUGGGUUGGUAAUGGGAUUACUACUAGUUGGAACCAUCACUGGAAAUGCUGUUGUAUGGUGUCGAUCUUACGAAACACCAAUCUAUCUAAUUCCUUACUACCUCCGUGACGUCCACACCCGCUUCCACCAUUAUGCGUCAGUCAGGAAACGCAAAGACGGACCCUUGUACAUGACUGCCGAUGAUUUUGUUAUGGCAUUGUUGGGUGCCUCGGGUAAAGAAGAAAGUAAAAAAUUAUCUGCGUCAGGUUUACAUGAUUUAUUCACCAGUAUAGAUUCUGACUGUGAUGGUUGCAUUGGUUUCCACGAGUUUCGUUUCAUCUUUUCACUUCUUACAAGCCGCCCACAGGAUAUGCGACAGCUUUUCCGAAUUGUAGAUAAAGAGGGUCAAGGCUCAUUAAGUUCUGAUCAAUUUGCGAACGUGCUGCGUGGCCUUACAAAAGACGAGGCCGUCGUGCGUUCUGUGCUUUCCCCAACCAGUCGAAGAGGGGGUCUCGUCCGAAAACUCUUUGGCGAAAAUGCGAAACCACGACGAUGUUCCUUUCAGGAAAUCAACAAUAUAGCACACGCCAUCCGGGUCGAAGUGUGGAAGGCUGAAUUUCAACAGUUUGAUGUUAACCACAGGGGAUUUAUCACCGCGGAAGAGUUUGCAACCCUCCUAGUGAGACAUGUACUUGGGUCGCAUUUACCUUUGUAUUUAGUGGAAAGCAUUCGGAAGCAAAAAGGAGGCACCACUAACGUGUCGCUUGAUGCGUGGCUUGGCAUUCAUGAGGUCCUACAAGCUGACGAGAAUCUGGGGGAAACCCUAGAGCUACACUGCGCUUCAGGCCUCCCGGUCACACGCGCUGCCUUUUCCCGUAUUCUCCGUGUUGCCGAUACCCCACUCAGUGAAGAUGUGCUCAAUUUAGUGUUCUACAUAUUUGAUAAAAAUAAUGAUGGUGCUAUCGAAAUGGAUGAAUUUCUCUACAUCAUGAAGCAAAAGAUUGGCUACCAUUACCGUACCACACCUAGACAUGUAAAGGGCCUUGCAGAACGCUUUGUUCAGUGCAUAAAGGAGGCUGCGGACAGAUGACAAUGUUAUAAAGGAGGCGGCUACAUAAUCUUUAUUUUCCCUUUUUACGAAUCCUGCUAUAUUAAUUUAUGGAGAAUUCUAAAAUACAGGUA